CUCGUGCACUUCACUUCCUUUGAUUGUCAGUCGUUGCUGGCUCGGGCAAUUUCUGACACCGGCAGGCACCAUGAACGUUCCGUCCUCAGUCGGGUUCGGGGUGGCGCUGAUAGUGGGGUGUCCAUCGACGUCAAUCGUCGCUUCCCCGGUUCCAGAGCGCGUUGCACUCCAGAUGCUGACUUUCUGCUUGUUCGCAAAUCGCAGUCACUAUUCGCAUACCCUUGGAUUCGGACGGCAGGAGGAUUAGCAGCAGAGGUUCUGUAGCUUACAAAGUUACCAGUCCCUGUCGCCUUUAAAUACCUGUCCUCCAAAUCGAUUCCACGUGGACCUCGGGGACAAUCUCUUGAAAUCCCAACAAGUUCCGCGUGAAUCACUUAUCGUUGACCGGCACCAGUGACUGCGCGGCGAAGUUCCUCCUUUUCGUUUAUAUCAGGACACAUGUUCCUAAUUGGUACAUUUUUCUGUUUCCCAGUCCUGCAGUCUGGCACUAUUGUACAACUACGAUACAUCUUAAGCGAAGCAGAUUCUAUUCUCCCCGUUCCUCUCGCCGCAACCGCAUCUGUCAACACGUCUUGCGCUCCUGUCCGGACACAUUGGGUCUCGGACGUCCGGUCUCCUACCUCGGCUGCACAGCGCCUCAUAGUGCCGGGGUAGUUAGUAUUACCUCCCAACAUCACGAUGGCGGCGCCUCACCUCAAGCACACUUUCGCAAACAUCCAUGCCUUGCGAGGCGGAAAGCCGGAGCUCGGCGACCUUGCGCUCAGUGACUACCAUCUCGUCUUCCGCUUUCCCCCCGAGUCUUUGACUGCCGCAGAUCCGAGUCUGAAAAAGAGUGUGAAGCAAGUGUGGUUUGCCUUCCACAUUAUUUCACAGUGCACCCUACGGCCCACGCCCCCUUCUAGUGGCGUUCCUUCCUCGAUACGUAUUCGGUUCAGAGAUUUUACAUAUGUUAGCUUCAACUUCGCAGGCGACAAGGAAGCCCGGGAGGCAUUCGAGUUCAUCAAGUCCAGAACAUGCAAGCUAGGAAGCGUCGAUAAGCUGCUGGCCUUCAGCUACCGACCUCCACCAAACUCACCCGAAAGUAAAAUCAACGGUUGGGACCUAUACGAUGUCAGAGCCGAGUUCCGCCGGCAAGGGAUAAGCGAAAAGUCACGCGAACUGGGAUGGAGGAUCUCUACGAUCAACAAGGACUACUCCUUCUCCCCGACCUAUCCGGCCUUGCUUAUUGUGCCCUCCAAAAUAUCCGACGCAACACUGAAGUAUGCUGCGAGUUACCGGUCGCGGCAGCGAAUACCCACUCUCACCUACCGCCAUCCCGUCAACAACUGUACCAUUUCACGGUGCUCGCAACCACUUCCCGGCAUAUCAUUCAAACGCAAUAUUCAGGAUGAAUCUCUAGUCAGCGCGUGCUUUUCAGCUUCGACGGAGUUUGCAGGCGGCACCUCUCUCGACAUGCCAGUUGAAAGCCCGCCCCCGAGUACGGCUGACCUAAUGAUAGAGAGCGAGAACACGGAUGGUUCCAUGUCGGAUAUUCAGAAGGCGGAGGAUGAGCUUACUGUUGGUGGCACUAUACUUUACGACGGAAAGACUGGCAAGAGACUGAUAUAUGGAGCCCAGCAACAAAACCUGAUUGUCGACGCUCGACCAGUGAUCAACUCCUACGCGAUGCAGGCAAUAGGAUACGGCACCGAAAACAUGGAGCACUACAAAUUCGCCAAGAAAGAAUACCUGAACAUAGACAACAUUCACGUCAUGCGAGAGUCGCUAGAAAAGGUCAUCAGCGCCAUCAAGGACGCCGAUGUGUCACCUUUCCCACCGAACAAAGAACUCUUGGCCAAGAGUAAAUGGCUGAAGCACAUAAGCGGUAUCUUGUCCGGAUCAGCCUUGAUUGCACAAAGAGUAGGUAUCCAGCACUCCAAUGUUCUCAUUCACUGUUCCGAUGGAUGGGAUCGCACAAGCCAGCUCAGUGCCCUUUCUCAGCUGAUGCUUGAUCCCUAUUAUCGCACUCUCGAAGGCUUCAUUGUGCUGGUUGAGAAGGAUUGGCUGUCUUUUGGACACAUGUUUCACCUUCGGUCAGGGCAUCUAAGUCAUGAGGACUGGUUUACAGUGGACGGCGAUGCACUUGCAGGGACCGCCGUGAAGCCAGGGGAAAAUGAUGGUCGGGCAGACCAUUUUGAGAACGCCAUAGCCGGCGCGAAGCGAUUUUGGAGCAAAAAAACGGCCAGCGGGAAGGAAGCCGUUACUGAUGCGGAUGGGACGCCUAUCGAGACCGGCGUGGAACCUGCUGUUGCCGAAAAUAUGGCAACAAGACCCAAGGAUAUCUCGCCUGUCUUCCACCAGUUCCUCGACGCCACCUACCAGCUCCUCAGGCAACACCCGACUCGCUUCGAGUUUAACGAACGAUUCCUGCGCCGCUUAUACUACCAUGUGUAUUCUUGUCAGUACGGUACCUUUUUGUUCAACAACGAGCGCCAGCGCCACGAAGCACGGUUACAAGAACGUACAAGAAGCGUGUGGGCCUACUUUCUGAGCCGGCGCUCGGAGUUCACGAACGAGCAGUACGAUGCCACAGUUGACGACCACGUCAGGGGCCGUGAGCGUAUACUAUUCCCUCGCUGCGACGACGUGCGGUGGUGGCACCAACUCUUCAACCGGACGGAUGAUGAGAUGAAUGGCGACCUCAAUGCCUUGGCCGCAACAGCAGAGCGUGUUGCUGCGUAUCAGCAAGCUUCGUCGUCAUCAGAGCUUUCAAGGCCUGUCGAUGCGGGUACGAUUGAUGUGAACAGCAACCCACCAUCGUCCGGCGCCCCAUCGCGGACAUCGGUAAGCCCCACCCGGAGCCCGCUGCCGCCGGGCUUGGCAGCUACCGCGGCCGGAGGGUCCGUGCAUGCAGGCGUGGAGUCGGCCCACGAGGUUCUGACGCCCGGGACUAGAAGUCCGGCGCCACCAAACCGGAAUGUCGCCGCUGGAGAUCCUACGGGCACUUUUGCAGCUCUUCAGGAGAGGAUUUCCGGAUUGUCGCUUGGAAAGGCUAUGUUUGGCGGCGGCACCGGUGGGAGCACAGGGCGAAGUUCGAUUGGAGGAUCUGGCUCUGAUUCCGGGCGGAAUUCGCAAAACGAACUGGCGGAGCAGGAGAUGAAGAGUAUGAGUUAGAUGAGUGGUGAAGAAUGUUGGAGAAAGAGUAGAAUAAUAUGUGGGCAAUUGGUUCCCGUUAUGAGAAUAGCACGUUGGAACAGCAUGCUCCCUGAUGAAGCAAGGUUAGCGAUGCUUUAGUUGCAGUAAUGCCUGACUUUAUAAGACAGCAAAAUAUGAACAGCAUACAUUCCCAAA